AUGCUGUCUCAAAAGUUCUUUCGCGGCCUUUGCGCCCUCUUCAUCAUCCUUCUCGGAGCCAACUUCGCUUCGGCCUCCCCAGUCGCAGUCAACGCGGACCUAGCCGUCCGCACCCCGGCCGAAGACACCUCCGUCGCCGCCCGCGCCUCAGGCGGCGGCUGGUGCUGGCCCUUCUGCAACCCUUUCAGCCGGGGCGUCCCCAACGCCCCGAGCCGCUACAUCUUCCGCCCUCCCGCGUCGACGGCCCGCCCUCAAUAUUUCGACACCCCGGACAACCAGGUGACUCUCCGCGCCGAGACGCAGGCAUCGGGCGCCGUGGUGGUGACCGUCUCGGUGGGCACACGGUACACGCUCCCGGCGGGCGCUGAGAUCAACGUGCGGCUCCUGGUGCGGCGCACAAAUAUCGAUUUCAACCACGCGGAUCUGUCCGUUGGGAGUGAGACGGCGGUUGUGAGGAUCACGCCUGAGCAGGCUGCUGGUUUUAGGACUGGGGAGAGGAGUGAGGAUGGGUCUUUUGCGAUUACGCUUCUGUAUAAGUUGGGGCAGGAACUGUGA